AUGAGUAAAUAUAAAAUUAUAAUUGAGGAACAGGAGGAAAAUGAGGCAACGGUUAAAAAAAAUUCGGAUUCUUCAAAACCACUAGAACCAGAACGACUAUCAACCAUUUUUUCAGCAGGAAUACCACCAAUUAUGACUUAUUGUGCUUCUAGUAUUCUUAUGACAGUAACAAAUAAAUAUGUAUUGUCAGGAUAUGAUUUCAACAUGAAUUUUCUCUUGUUAUGUGUUCAGUCAAUUGUUUGUGUUCUACUUUUAAAAAUAUUCAAAUUAUUUAAUUUGAUUUCUUAUAAAGGAAUUGAUCUUGAACUAUCAAAAACUUGGUCACCUGUUGCAUUUUUACUUGUUGCCAUGAUUUAUACAGGAAGCAAAAGUUUACAAUUUCUUGCAAUUCCUAUAUAUACCAUAUUCAAGAAUUUAACGAUCAUUUUUAUUGCCUACGGUGAAGUAUUAUGGUUUGGGGGCUCAGUGACAAGAUUGAUGAUGACAAGUUUUCUAUUGAUGGUAUUUUCUUCAAUAAUAGCAGCUUCAUCCGAUUCAGUCAAUACAGUAAAAUUAAAUACAUUUUCUUCAAUUGAUUUUGGUUAUAUAUGGAUGGCUUUAAAUUGUAUUUCUUCGGCUGCAUUUAUUUUAUUUAUGAGAAAAAGAAUUAAAUCAACCAAUUUUAAGGAUUAUGAUACUGUAUAUUAUAACAACACAUUAUCAAUUCCAUUAUUGGUUUUCAUGAGUUUAAUGAUAGAAGAUUGGUCUUACACUAAUUUAGAAAAAAAUUUUCCGAUUGAGGUUCGACAGACAUUAAUAAUAUCAAUUCUAUUCUCUGGAAUAUCAGCAUUUACAAUUUCUUAUGCUUCUGCAUGGUGUAUUAGAGUUACCUCAAGUACCACUUACAGUAUGGUUGGUGCAUUAAACAAAUUACCAAUGGCUGCAAGUGGAAUGAUUUUUUUUGGUGAUCCUACAACCUUUGGAAGUGUAUCUGCCGUUCUUGUUGGAUUUUUUUCUGGAGUUUUGUAUUCAAUAGCAAAAAAAGAACAACAAAGAGUUGUUAUUGUUGACACUAAAAUCAGUAAUGAUAAUACAAUAACUAAAUCUCAUCAAAAUACAAAUGAUCCAAUAAUAGAUGAAAAAUAUAUUGAUCAUACAGAAAAUUCAACAGCUAUAACAAUAGAAGAUGACAAAAGCAAUGAAAUCAAUUAG